AUGGAGUUUCUACUGGAGCAUUUGUUGUACCUGUUCUUGGCUGUUGCCGCUCAUGCAUAUUUGGUUGUUCUCAGAUGCAUCCGUCACCGAUACCCACAACCCCCUUUGCCCCCUGGAAGCUUUGGGUGGCCAAUUCUCGGCGAAACCUUGGUUAUCCAACGCUUAAACCGGUCUGGGGAUCCAUUCGCUUUCGUAAGGCAGAGGAGGCAGAGGUACAACAGAGACAUAUUCAAAACAUCACUUCUUGGAGAGAAAACGGUGGUUUUGUGCGGUUCCGAGGGGAACAAGCUCAUGUUCACAGGCGAGAAGCGAUUGCUGUUGACAUGGUGGCCCCCUUCUCUGAAGAAGUUGUUCGGCGAUGCCUUCUUUACAGCUCCCUAUGAGAAGGCGAUCCAUACCCGGAAGCUGAUCACGUCUUUUCUGAACCAGGAGUUGGCAAUCCCCGAAGAGUUCAACGUGUUGCUCAAAGGCAUGUUUCAGCUUCCCAUCUAUUUUCUGGGCACAAGGCACUACAAGGCGGUGAAAUCUGCGGCUAGUUUACGCCGAGAGCUGAUCAAGGUGAUUGAAAGCAAGCGGAGGAGCGGGACGAUGAACGAGUCAUUGUCAGAAGAUCUGAUCUCGCAUUUGAUGAAGGGGAGAGACGAGAACGGGAAGAUGUUGAGCGACGAGGAGAUUGCAGACAACGUUAUACUAGUCAUGGAUGCCGGGCACAACACCAGCAGUUCUACCAUGAUGAUGCUGAUCAAAUACUUGGCUCGCAUGGAAAUAGAAUUGCAGAGGAGACCCAGAGAACCACUGAACAAGGAUGACAUCCAGAAGAUGACAUAUUCUUGGAACGUGGUGGAUGAAGUACUCAGGCUUACACCUCCAAUUCAAGGAAAUUUUAGAAAGGCCAUAGUAGACUUCCCGUAUGCUGGAUUUUCAAUCCCUAAAGAUUGGAAGUACGAGAGUUUAGAUGGGAGCUUAUGUUUCCAGAUGAAGUAA